CCCUCCUUGAUGCCACACACUGCACGAACUGGCUAGAGUGGCUCUUCUUCCUGGCCCCGGCUCCCUGCCCCCGGUCGGUUCCCUGCCCCCGUACAGACCCUCAUGCUCCCUAAGAUUCGGGAGGGCCAGACCCUCGCCGACGACGGUGAGCUUGUACGGGGGGGCCUGCUUGAAGACAUCGAUGUGGAAGAAGGCGAAUUCGAGUGGUCUGCAGCGCAGUGUGACUGUCGCUUUUACUGGCGUUGGUCCCUAACUUGCAGGCACUUAUUUCAUCAUCACUUUGUGAAUAGUAGUUUGACUUUGACUGAGGCACGCUUAUUACAGUGGUCUAACCGUUGGCAGGAAGGAGAUUUCGAGCUUUAUGAGGUCAGGGAAUCUUACCGUGUUGCAGCCCCUGAAGAUGCCGACGAACAUGCUAUUUUGGCAUACAACAGGGUGGCUGCACGGGAGGUUACCGAGACGAUAUUGACUUCUUUUUACAAGCUCGAAAGUAAUGCCGUCGCCCGCCUCGGUCAGGUUGAGGGAAGAAGGUUUAUUGACUAGUGGAUUGGUCAUCUUCGUAGUACCGCAGUUACGCUUAGAAGCAUG